CUUAUCCUAAGCGUUUACAGAGCAACUAUGGUUGCUGGGAAGGUGAAAGUUGCAAUGGGUUUGCAAAAGUCACCGGCAAAUCCAAAGCCAGACGCAUCGCCAAAGCUACCAUUGCCAUCUCCGAGUUCAGGCAAGGUACCACAGAAAGGAGCAGUGUUCUCACGUUCUUUUGGCGUGUAUUUUCCACGCGCCUCCGCUCAAGUCCAGCCUCGUCCACCGGACGUCACUGAGCUCCUCCGCCUUGUGGAAGAACUACGUGAAAGAGAGUCUCGCUUGAAAACAGAACUUCUAGAGCAAAAGCUUCUCAAAGAGUCCGCCGCAAUCCUUCCAAAACUUGAAAAUGAGAUCAUGGUAAAAGACUCUGAGAUUGACAGAAAGGAAAAGAAGAUUGAAUGCUUGGAAGCCGAGAAUGAGAGGUUGAGACAAGAAGUUGAAAUGUUACACACCACCAUGUUCGAACAGAAGAGAGAUAAUGAACAUAAAAUGAAGGCUAUGGAAGCUGAAAUAGCAGCGUUGAAAAAAGAACGAGACAGUGGUGAAGAACUAUCAUCGUCGCAGAGAUUUCAAGGGCUUAUAGACGUCUCUGGGAGGUCUAAUCUGCUGAAGAGCUUGAGAAAAUGUGCGACUCUAACGACUCCGAUGAAUUUUCCGGCAACCCAUGAGAGUGAUUCAAGGUACGAAGCUGAAGUGAAGAAAGAACAAGCAAUGGAAGCUCCAGAAAGGCCAAGACAUUCUCGUUGUAACUCAGAAGAUAUGGCGGAGACUUCUGAAUCGAUUAUCAAUGUCAGAUCUCGAGCUCCGAGAGUCCCAAAACCACCUCCCAGACCCUCCACUUCUCUCUCAUCCACAUUGUCUUCGUCUUCGUCUUCACCUUCUUAUGGAUCUUUAAGCGAUUCAGCGCAAAGGGCAUUGACAGAAACGUCCCAAAAUUCACCAAAAUUAGCUCCACCUCCUCCUCCUCCUCCGCCGCCGCCAUCUAGGGCCACCCCACCUCCUCCUCCGCCACCGCCGAGGGGGUUGAAGCCUGUGCCGACGAAGGUGAGGAGGGUGCCGGAGGUGGUAGAGUUCUACCACUCGCUGAUGCGGAGGGACUCCCGGAGGGAUUCCGGCAGUGGCGGCGCUGAUGCUUCGCCGGCUCUUGCGACGGCCAAUGCUCGGGAUAUGAUCGGAGAAAUUGAGAACCGGUCUACACAUUUGCUCGCUAUUAAGACAGAUGUAGAAACACAAGGUGAUUUCAUUAGGUUUUUGAUCAAAGAAGUACAGAGUGCUGCUUUCACAGACAUUGAGGAUGUUGUGCCUUUUGUUAAAUGGCUUGAUGAUGAGCUCUCUUAUUUGGUUGAUGAAAGGGCAGUGCUAAAACACUUUGAAUGGCCAGAACAGAAAGCUGAUGCCUUAAGAGAAGCUGCAUUUGGGUAUUGUGAUCUCAAGAAGCUUGAAUUGGAAUCAUCGUCUUUUCGUGAUAAUCCUCGACAACCUUGUGCCUCAGCUCUCAAGAAAAUGCAAUCCUUGUUCGAAAAAUUGGAGCAUGGAGUUUAUAAUCUUUCCCGAAUGAGAGAAUCAGCUUCAAAGCGAUACAAAGUACUACAAAUUCCAGUGGGUUGGAUGCUGGAUACUGGAUUUGUAAGUCAGAUCAAGCUGGCAUCCGUAAAAUUGGCCUUGAAGUACAUGAAGAGGGUGUCUGCAGAGCUUGAAACAGUUGGUGGUGGUCCUGAAGAAGAAGAGCUGAUAGUUCAGGGUGUAAGGUUUGCCUUCCGAGUACAUCAGUUUGCCGGUGGUUUUGAUGUGGAGACGAUGAGGGCAUUUCAAGAGCUGAGAGACAAAGCGAGAUCGUGCCAUAUACAGUGUCAAAACCAGCAUCAACAGAGAUUUGUAUGCAGGCCUACGGCUUGCUAAUGAUCUGUAGCAAACUCAGCUUCAGAAAUUGCUGCUGCUACCACAUUUUGUUGUAAAGAUAGAAACACCAAAGUUUGUGAAUACAAUGGCUGCAGCAGAU